GUCUGAUCAAAGAUCUUGAGGAGAGGGCGGAUGAACUUCAGGUGUCUGCUGACGAAGACAAAGCUGCCCGUGAGGCCAUGAAAGCACUGUUGCAACCGAUACUGGCUCAGCACAUGGCAUCCGGAUCUGCAACUGCCGGCCAGACAUCCUCAGCUCCGGGCGACCCGCCCAAAGCGGCGAAGACGAAUGUGGACCAGGGCGGGGUCCAGGACAUUGGCAUCGUUGGCCGCGGGAAAUCGAGGAUCACUCUUGAGCCCAGCCUCCCGGCAGCUCCGCAGAACGGAUUGGAACCGGCGAGUGGCAGCCUCCCAGCCUCGGCGACAAAGAGGCCCCUGGAUGCUGCCCAUGACGUGGGAGACAUCGCUGACAACGGGGCCCCAAGCUCUAUUCCCCCAGUGAAGAGGAUGAAAAAGGAGUCCAGCGAAGCAGCCCCGCCGUAA